GGAUCACUUCGUCAUCCUUUGACUCAAUGCACUGUCCAAGGCUCAGAGUUUCAGCUGGAAGGAGAUUAUUUGAUAGGUGGACUUUUUGAUAUUCAUCAUGUCAGUGCCCCUGUUUAUCACGGCAGACCAGAAACCACUGAAUGCUCGAGUCAACACUUCCUUCUGCCAAAUUAUCGGAGGUUUCAGUUGAUGAGAUUCUCUGUAGAGGAAAUCAAUAACUCAACAAACUUACUACCAAAAAUUUCCCUUGGCUUUGAGAUAUUUGAUCACUGCUCCGAUACACAGAAUUAUCCAGGAAUUUUCAACCUCAUUUCAGUCAAUGGAUUGAUCCAACCAUGGAAUGAGCCACAAAAGCAACAAACAAAUAAUACUGAUGUAUCCAAAGUGAUAGCAGUGGUCGGUCCUUUUACAAGCACUCAGGCCCUGACUAUUGCCCCACUAUUCAUGACGGAUCUCAUUCCAAUGGUCAGUUAUGGAUCUUCUAGUUCUUUCUUUUCACGAAAAGCAAAAUUCCCCUCUUUCCUACGAACAGUGCAUCCCAAUAAAGAUGUCAUAGAAGUGAUUGUUAGUAUGAUGGUGCACUUCCACUGGCGCUGGGUUGCUUUUCUUCACAGUGACAAUGAUUUUGGCAAUGAUGGACUGGAAAUGUUCACCAGAAGGAUCAAGGAUACAGAGAUCUGUCUGCCGUAUACCACAGGUCUCGGCUACAGUACAAAUUACCCACAGAUAUUCAAACACAUAGAGGCACUGAGGAUCAACGUCAUCAUUGUUUUUGCUCCUAAAAUUAAUGCCGAAGCUCUCAUUAUGUCAGCGAUACAAUUAAAUGUGACACAAAAAGUGUGGAUAGCAGACGAUGGGUGGUCCUUAAACAAGAGGCUCCCCAAGGAGAAAGGAAUAGAAAAUAUUGGAACUGUACUUGGGGUGUCUCAACCAGUAGUAUCAAUACCUGGAUUCAGUGAUUUUAUCUAUUCUGCAAGAAGCCAGACUCACUGUAAAAAUGCAGAAAAAAAUACAUUUUGUAAUCAGUUUUUCAACUGUAGUAUUCUUAGUGCAGAAGAAAUCCUUGCUGGUGACCCAUCCUUCUCCUUUUCUGUGUAUUCUGCUGUACAUGCAAUUGCUCAUGCCUUACAUAAUACCUUGCAAUGUGGAGCUGACCACUGUAAUAGAAACAUUACAGUAUACCCUUAUAUGGUUCUGGCAGAGAUGAAGAAGUCAAACUUCACACUCUUAAACCAAAGUAUUAAGUUUGAUGAGAAUGGGGACCCGAAGUAUGGACCCUUUUCUAUAGUUUUUUGGAAUAACAGUGGUGAUGCAGAGGAAAUCGGUUUUUAUCAUUUUCACCCAUCUGUGAAUUUCUUCAUUAACAACACCAAAAUUAAGUGGGGCAAAAAUGGAGAGGUGCCUUCUUCAUUCUGCACCCCAGAGUGUCCUAAAGGUCAUGCAAGAAAACAAAAUGGAAUCCACAAAUGUUGCUUCACUUGUGAAAUCUGUCCAAAUGGAACUUUCAUAAACACCACAGAUCCCUAUAAUUGCAUGAACUGUAAAGACACAGAAUGGUCUACAGAAGGAAGUACAUCAUGCAAUCUGCGGUCAGUGGAGUACAUUCCAUUCACAGACAUCGGUGCUAUACUGAUCAUAGCCGGAUCCUGGGCCUUGGUGGUUCUUUCAAUUGCCAUGUCUGUUCUCUUUGCCAUCAACUACAACACCCCUGUAGUCAGAUCUGCUGGUGGACCAAUGUGCUUCCUCAUUUUAGGCUGCCUCAGUCUGUGUAGUCUAAGUGUGUUCUUUUACUUUGGCAAGCCAACAACUUCCUCUUGUAUUUUAAGGUCGUUGCCAUUUAUUUUGUUUUACACGGUUUGUUUGGCAUGUUUUGUUGUGCGCUCUUUUCAAAUUGUUUGCAUUUUCAAAAUGGCCGCCAAGUUCCCAAAGCUCUACAGUUGGUGGAUGAAAUAUCAAGGACAAUGGCUGAUUAUCACAGUAGCUUUUGUUACGCAGGCAUUCUUACUUGGCAUUGCCCAUUUGUCUGCCCCCCCAAAGCCCUAUAAUGAAACAGUUUGGUCCCAAGAAAAAAUUAUACUUAGUUGUGACACUAAAUUUGAAGCAUUCUCUGGUUCUGCAUUUGUACUUGUAUUUUUGUGCUUUCUUUGCUUCAUUUUCUCCUACAUGGGAAAAAACCUCCCAAAAAACUACAAUGAGGCAAAAUCGAUAACCUUCUGUCUGCUCCUGUUAAUCCUCACCUGGAUUAUUUUUGCUACUGUACAAGUGCUUUACAAAGGAAAGUACAUCCAAACUCUUAACGCCCUGGCAGUACUCUCUAGUCUCUAUUCCUUUCUGUUGUGGUAUUUCUUCCCUAAAUGUUACAUCAUGAUGUUUCAACCACACAAAAACACGCAGCAAUACUUCCAAGGUCUCAUUCAGAAUUACACCAAAACAAUUAGCCAGUAG